GUGACCAUGGCAGAUUCUGACGUCUGGACCACAGGGACAGCAAGGCACUGUGACUCUGACCGCCCAGUGCUCUUCGUGUUUCGCCAUGGCGACCGGGCCCCACUGGCCUCCUACCCCACAGACCCACACAAGGAAGCUGCCUCUACCUUGUGGCCUCGAGGCCUGGGCCAGUUGACCAAGGAGGGGAUCCGUCAGCAGCUGGAGCUCGGCCGAUUUCUGAGGAGGCGUUACAAGGCAUUCCUGAGUCCUGAGUACCGGCGUGAAGAGGUGUACAUCCGCAGCACAGACUUUGACCGGACACUGGAGAGCGCACAGGCCAACCUGGCUGGGCUGUUCCCCGAGGCUGCCCCUGGAAGUCCUGAGGCCGACUGGAAGCCCAUUCCAGUGCACACAGUGCCUGUGUCUGAGGACAAGUUGCUGAGGUUCCCCAUGCGCAGCUGUCCCCGCUACCACGAGCUUCUGCGGGAGUCCACAGAGGCAGCUGACUACCAGGAGGCCCUGGAGGGCUGGACGGACUUCCUGACCCGCCUGGGCAACUUCACUGGGCUGUCACUGGUUGGAGAGCCACUCCGCAGAGCGUGGAAAGUUCUGGACACAUUGAUCUGCCAGCGUGCCCAUGGCCUUGCCCUCCCAUCCUGGGCCUCCCCAGACGUCCUGAGGACUCUGUCACAGAUUUCAGCUCUGGACAUCAGGGCGCAUGUGGGGCCACCCAGAGCAGCAGAAAAGGCCCAGCUGACAGGGGGGAUUCUGCUGGAUGCCAUUCUCAGCAAUUUCUCCCGGGCCCAGCGCCUGGGGCUGCCCCUCAAGAUGGUCAUGUACUCGGCUCAUGACAGCACCCUGCUGGCCCUCCAGGGGGCCCUGGGCCUCUACGAUGGCAACACCCCACCUUAUGCUGCCUGCAUGGCCUUUGAAUUCCGGGGGAGCUCCAGGGAACCCGAGGAGGAAGACGGAGAGAAUGUCACCAUCUCUCUCAUCUACCGAAAUGACACGUCCCGCCCGCCCCUGCCACUCAGGGUCCCUGGGUGCCCAGCUCCCUGUCCGCUUGGGCGCUUCCAGCAGCUGACUGCUCCAGCCAGGCCUCCGGCUCAUGGGGCCCCCUGCCACGGCUCCUAUGAACCUACUAGUCCCCCAGACCGCUGGAGCAUCCUCUGGAAACAGGCCAGAGGUGGGCAAGUACGCCUGUGCCUCACCUGCCCGGGAGCCAGCUCAUCACCCCGAUUCUACCCACGCCGGGACCAAGUCAAACAGCACGCCCCACAGAGGGUAAUGAACCAGCCAUUUAAUAGGAACUCUCGAAGGCGGAAGGUCCAGGGCUGCCCAUCUCGCCCCUCCAUUAAAUCCAGAUCCACACUGGCCAGGGGCCAUGUGUGCAGCCAGGGACACCAGACCCAGCUGGAAGGUGCUUCAAAAGGGAAGGGCAUGGCUAAAAGAAACCGGGGACAGGAUCUCCAAAGCAAAGUCUUUACAAAAGGGGGCUCUCCCCUCCCCAAAACCAAAGUGUCACAUAAGCUCAAAAUAAAAUAUAAAGUAAAAAUGCUGCAUUAGAAAAGUUUACAAUGUUAAACCUUUAAAAUAGGGAGACUGGCCCUAAAGUGUCAAACACCCAGUAAAGGUCCAUGGAAGUGUGACCUAUACUAAAGUCUAUGUAAGUGUUGCAUUGAAAAAGUAAAAAAUUCAA